GUGACAUUAAGAUCAAGUUCAAGACCAGUUGUAAACAAAACAUUCUUGGUUGAAAGACAGGAGCGAAAAUCAUGGUGUAAAGACCCAAAAAGUGAGACAAGACGCCAGAGAUAUACAGAAGAAGAAGAAGGAGAGAAAAUAAUUAAAGGAUACAAAAGAAGGAAGAAUGUAAAGCCCUAGGAAGCGAUACAAGGCGCCAGAGGUACACAGAAGAAUAACAAGGCGGAGAAGUAUGCAUCCACCCAGCCAUCACCAUCACAGAAGACGUACUGAGCAGUGACUCUCUUGCUGCCCUGCUUACUGAGGUCUGGCCAAGUGGUUUUCUCUCCUUCCUUCGCGGUGUGUUCUCUCCCUCCUUUCCUCCCCUGUGUGUUUUAUCUCGUCUCCUCCCCCCGUGUUCUCUUUCCCUCCCUCCUUUUCUUCCUCCUCUGUGUGUUUUGUGUUUGCUCUCCUUCCUCCUCCUCCUUUGGGACUCCUGAGUUUGUGUUCUAUGGCCCGCCCAGCCCUCUGAAACACUGAGGAAAAGGUGCUUCAAGGAAGAAAUGGAUCUACAACCACCGACAACAGGGAGGGGCUGUGGCUGUGGCUGUCAGGCUCAGAGCUAGCAAAGGAAAAACAUUUGGGAGGAAAAUUAAGCUCAUUGAAUAAAUUAUAAGAAAGACUGAAAGAGAAAAAUUGGACCUUCAUAACAAUAGAAAGCAAAGGAAAACACACACAAGCUGAUAGAAAAUAAUGUCAUGUAGCUGGACUGUGAUGAGACAUGUGUACAAGCAUGUCAAGAAGACUAAGAAACCCUCCAGGCAGUGCACAACCUGAGACAGUGAGCCGUACAGCCAUCGUGUUACCGGAACACUCAUGAUGAUGGGGGAGGAGAUGGAGACGACCCGGCAUGUUAUAUGUAUGGUGUCAGAUUUCUUCUACCCAAAUGUCGGGGGGGUGGAAGAACACAUCUUUCAGCUGUCGCAGUGCCUCCUGGCGAGGGGCCACAAGGUUAUUGUGCUCACUCAUGUGUAUGGAGACAGGAAGGGAAUUCGCUACAUGACGAAUGGAUUGAAGGUCUACUACCUUCCCCUCCAAACAUUUUACAACCAGUCAGUACUUCCAACCUUCAUUACUUCCAUUCCACUUCUGCGCAAUAUUUUCUUGAGAGAAAGAGUAGCCAUUGUGCAUGGCCACUCUGCCUUUUCUACCAUGGCUCAUGAGGCCAUGAACUUGGCCAGGGCAAUGGGACUCAAGAGUGUGUUCACUGACCACUCCUUGUUUGGGUUCGCCGACCUGUCGGCAAUAGUAACCAACAAUUUUCUGGCACUUUCUCUGGCUGACGUCAAUCACUGUAUAUGUGUUUCGUAUGUUGGAAAGGAAAACACUGUUCUUCGUGCCAAUGUGGAGCAGGAGAAGGUGUCAGUCAUUCCCAAUGCACUUGACACUCAGCUUUUUAAGCCAGACUUGUCCAAGAGACCAAAGGAUAAAAUCAACAUCAUUGUCAUGAGUCGCUUGCAGUACCGGAAGGGUGUUGACCUUCAGCCGGACAUUAUUAGGAACAUUUGUCAACGCUAUCCUCAUGUGAACUUCAUAAUAGGUGGAGACGGGCCAAAGCGCAGCCUUCUGGAGGAGGUGCGGGAUGAGGUGGGAGACCAUCGUCUGUGUCUGCUGGGUGCUGUGCCGCAUGGCCGUGUCCACAGUGUGUUGGUGCAGGGACACAUCUUCCUCAACACCUCACUCACGGAAGCCUUCUGCAUUGCCAUUUGUGAGGCUGUGUGUUCAGGCUUGCAGGUGGUCAGCACCAAUGUUGGAGGCAUCCCAGAGGUUCUUCCAAGUCAUCUCAUUCAUUUGGCUCACCCCAAUGUUGCAAGUCUGACUCAGAAGCUGGAGUUGGCCAUCAGGCUGGAAGAAACAGGUGAGCGCGUGGGGCCGUGGGAGAUGCAUCAGGAGGUCAAGAACACAUAUCUAUGGUCUGAUGUGAUGCGCCGAACUGAACUAGUCUACAGCAAAGUUCAACAGGAGGAGUCCAGUGCUGAUCUGGUGCACCGCAUUCCAAGGUACAAGAAGUGUGGACUCGUGGCAGGAUGGUUCAUGAUGUUCCUGGUUACUUUGCAGUUUCUUCUCCUCAAGAUAUGUGACAGACUAUGGCCUAUAGAGGACAUUGAUGUGGCGCCAAGCUUUCCAAAGACUAAAAGACAGAAGGAGUGUGGAUUGGAAGAAAGGGGAGCAGUGAACAAUGGAGGCCGGGAACCUUAUUGGCUCAGAAGGAAUGGAGGCAACCUGAGGCCUAGGCAAGCACAGGAGCUUCAAGAUGGACUCAGCUGAGGCUUUGAAUGUCUGUGUGUGCUCAAAAUGUUAUGUUAGAUAUAGCUCUGCUCAAGGUGAGUGAUUUUUU